AUGGCCUAUCUUAACGAGUCUCCCCCACUGCCACCCCUUUCCACCCUGUUCCCACACAUCAAGUCCGAUGCCACGACCCUUCCUCGAUCCAUUGACCCUUUCAUCAUCACUACCACGACAGGCUUUCUGCCAUGCCGGCCACCUCUGGUGCACCUGCCUGCACAGUUUGAUGCCGCCACCAAGAUUGUCGAAGAUAUGCCGAUCGUGAAGGAGGAUGGUUCGUCAGGCCUGCUUGCAACGUUCAAGCUAGGGCCCCUGAUUGACUCCGGAGCGUUGCCGGACCUGAGCUCUCAUAUCGCAGACCUACGCAUCAAAGGUGCGGCCGAGGACGCGUACGAUCUCGAAGCCGUCACCGCCCUGUUUCGUGAUUACAGUUUCCUGGCCAGCGCUUAUCUUCUGGAGCCUUGCUGGGAGUCCUGGUCCAAGGACAACGAUGGUGGCUACGGACUGGGUCGAGCAGUGUUGCCGCAGUGUAUUGCCGCGCCUUUGGUCAAAGCUGCUGACAUUCUCGACCUCCCUCCCUUCAUGUCCUACGCCGCCUCGUACGCCCUGUACAACUAUCGUCUCGUCAAUCCUAACCUUGGCCCGAGCGUCUACGAGAAUCUACGACUCAUCCGUGCUUUCGAACGUGGUCUUGACCCAGCCAGCUCCGAGGCAGGCUUCAUCCUCACGCACGUGCACAUGGUGCAGGAAACCGGCCCGCUGAUUUCCGGCGCCGUCAAUCUGUUGUCGACAGUCGAAGGGUCUUCCAAGGACACGACGGCCGCAGUAGCUGCAUUUCAGACCAUGUUGUCCGCCAUGACACGCAUCGAAGCACACAUGGAACAGAUGUGGACGCAUUCCCUGCCCAAGGACUAUCUGUCCUACCGAACAUUCAUCUUCGGCAUCACGUCGCAGUCGAUGUUUCCAAACGGUGUCAUCUACCAGGGCACGCGAUACGGAGAUUCCAAACAACUAUACUUCCGCGGCGAGUCCGGGGCGAACGACAGUAUCAUCCCACUGCUCGACCAUCUUCUCGAGAUCCCCAUGCCGCAGAAUCCGCUGACCGAGAUUCUGCGGGAUUUCCGCUCCUACCGGCCCAAGCCUCACCGAGAGUUUCUCGGCUGGGUGAUGAGCAAGAGUGCCGAAGUGGGCGUCAAGGCAUAUUGCACCGGUCGUGGUCGACACUCUGAGAACCGCGACGUUGAUGAUGCAAACGCGACACUCCUGCCCACCCUCUACCUCAAACUGCUGGACCAUGUGCGCAGUUUCCGCUGGCGUCAUUGGCUUUUUGCCCGCGAGUAUAUCAUCAAGCGCUCCUCGCAUCCGACCGCGACCGGCGGCAGCCCGAUCGUCACGUGGCUGCCCAACCAGCUGUUCGCUGUCAUGGAUCUCAUGGAGAGUGUCUAUCAAGACAGUGGAUUGAAAGAGGCGGUCGACGCGGGAGACAUUGAUGACAGGGAAGGCAAAGUCGUCAAGGAGAUGAUGGAUAAUGUCACGACCCAGAGAGAGAAAUUGGAUCGUGAGGUCAAGAAGUACUGCGCCGAGCGAGGGGCGUGA